AUGGCAGCACAGAAAGACUUGGAAAGCCAGCCGCAGCUGUCGGACGAGCGGACCCCGCUCCUGGGGACAUCCGCCGUGGCCGAAUCGAGCCAGCAGCCGGCGCAGCAUCGGGGCGACGAUAACGAAGUCAACGAGGGGAACCAGGACCCCGAGCAGGUCCCUCUUAUCACGUCUCACGAUGGAGAGGAGAAGAAAAGGCGGACGACCAGCUGGUGGUUAUGGAGAUCGUUCUGGGCUGCUCUCGCUAUCUUCGUCCUUGUUGUCUUUAUCAAAGGCUGGAUUGAUGCCAAGGACACCAACUUCGAUCUCAAAGCAGCUCUCAUGAGAGCCCUCGGCGGUGGCUUGAGUGGCGCUGCGGCGAUGGUCUUGCAAGUUUUGACACUCAUGCCCAUCAGAACCAUCAUGAACUACCAGUAUCGCUUCGGUUCUGGCUUUAGGGAGGCAACACGCACUCUUUACGAAGACGGAGGGUUGCGAAGAUACUACCAGGGCAUCGGAGCCGCACUUAUUCAGGGGCCGGUCUCCCGCUUCGGUGACACUGCCGCUAACGCAGGUAUCCUUGCCCUCCUUGAGUCGAACUCAUUCUUGAACCAGCUACCUACCCUAAUCAAGACCGUAUUCGCAUCUCUUUGCGCUGCUGCCUUCCGCAUGAUCUUGACGCCCAUCGACACUCUCAAGACCACCCUGCAGGCCCAAGGUGCCAAAGGUACCGCCAUACUGAGGCAGCGCGUCAAGACAAACGGAAUCGGAAGCUUGUGGUGGGGAGCCUUUGCGACUGCCGCCGCCACAUUCGUCGGCCAUUACCCUUGGUUUGGAACCUACAACUAUCUUUCCGCCAAUAUCCCCGAACCCGAUAAGAGCGACAUCUUUGUGUGGCUUCUGCGUCUUGCCUUCAUCGGCUUUAGCGCUUCCGUUAUUUCUGACUCUGUGUCCAACUCGUUGAGAGUGGUGAAAACCUACAGACAAGUCAACGAGACGCAGAUUUCGUAUUCCCAGGCGGCUAAAAUUGUUAUACGGAGAGAGGGCGUCCUCGGCUUCCUCGGUCGUGGCCUCAAGACUCGCAUCUUGGCCAACGGCCUUCAGGGCGUAUUGUUCUCUAUCCUCUGGAAGUUGUUCCUCGACCUCUGGGAGAAGAAGACACAUUCUUAG